AUGUUAGGUCUACUACAUCUCUUUUUAGUAUCCCUAACGAUACUUGUGCGGCGCAGUGUAGGGACAACUGAACAUCAAAUAAUCCUACCACUUGAUUUCAAGUCAUAUAUCGAAUCACAGAAACUUCCACUAAUUCUCAAUCGAGAUCUGCCCACCAAAGAUGAAUUGGAAAAUGCCACAUUUGUAGUGCUAUGUCGCAAUGAGGAUCUAUAUGAUUUAUUAGAAACCAUUCAAUCUAUACAAGACAGAUUUAAUAGUAAAUAUCUGUAUGAUUGGGUAUUUCUUAAUGAUGUACCUUUUACCAGUCAUUUUAUAUACUCUGUUGCAAAUUUCAUUACCAAUAGUACCCUUAAAUUUGGACAAAUAGACCCCCAUGAAUGGGACAUCCCUUCAUGGAUCAAUCAAACGUACAUGCAUCAAUUAUGGGAUGAAAAUUAUCAAGAUACUCCCUAUGGAACCAGUGAAUCUUAUCGAUUAAUGUGUAGAUAUUUCCUGGGAUUUUUACAUAAUCAUCCAUUAAUUCAACCAUAUCAAUAUUAUUGGAGAAUCGAACCUGGGGUGAAAUACUAUUGUGAUAUAGAUUAUGAUGUCUUCCGUCACAUGAGGGAAAAUGAUCUUUUAUAUGGAUUUACCAUCUCCAUGUUUGAAUAUAGAGAUACCAUCCCCAGUCUAUGGUCUCAUUUCAAACAAUUUAUGCAAAAUACAAACAGAGAAUAUGGGGAUUUAAUUAGAUUUGUAAUGAAUGAUGAUGAUGAAAAUUCAUAUAAUUUAUGUCAUUUCUGGUCAAAUUCUGAAAUUGCAAAUCUUGAUAUUUUUAGAGGAAGAGUAUAUAAGGAGUAUUUUGAAUAUUUAGAUCAGACUGGUGGGUUUUUCUAUGAACGUUGGGGUGAUGCACCGGUGCAUAGCUUAUUCGUACUGAGUUUUCUUGAACCAGAGGAUGUAUGGUGGUUUGGAGAUAUGGGAUAUUAUCAUGGUCCAUAUUUGCAAUGUCCUCAAGAUUCAAAAAUAUUUGAGCUUGGUAAAUGUUCUUGUAAUCCAACUAAAGAUUUUCUGUUUGGAUAUUACAGUUGUACUGAACAUUUCCUAAAGAUUAGAAAUCAUUUUAAAUAA